AUGUCCUGUUGUGUACCAAAUUGUAUUUUUCGAGACAAAUGUUUAAAACAAAGUCGUUUUCACUUUCCAAAAGACCUUGCGUUACGAUCUGAAUGGGAGAAAGCUUUAGGACUUAAUUUCCACCCUAAUUCUAGAGUUUGUCGCCAACACUUUAGAGACAGUGAUAUAAAUGAUUCAUGGGUUACUGGAAAUGGGAAUAACAAAUAUUCUGUAUGUUUAAAAAGAGCUAAGCUGUGUAAUGGUGCCAUUCCUAUACCAGUUAAAAAUGGAUCAAUAAGUGUAAAUGACAAGACUAAUAACGAUUGUGGUACUAGCUGUGGAAAUGUACAUAAUGAUUUACUAUCUUCGAUAAACAAUGAUCACUGUUAUACAGCAAUAAAACCACAGGAAAAUAAAAUAGUUCAUGAUACUGGUACAACAAACUACCUAAAAAAAGACACACCUUUAUGUAAUACAGAAUUAAAGUCCCCAAUACCUAAAAGAUUAAAGUUGGGAUCUUAUACAAAAAAUGUUAUGCGAAUGCGAUGCAUUGAAAAACAACUAGUUUUAAAUGAAGAGUCCGAGUUAUUUCUAUAUGCUUUUGACAAAAAAAUAGAAUUAUCAGAUAUUGGGGUUAAUUCAAAUAUUAAUAUAGACAAUCACACUGAAGUAGAGAAGAUAAUUAAAAUAUUUGACAAUAUUAGGUUGUGUAAGGGUGCAGUACCAUCAAAUGAAUAUGGAUACGUAAAAUUAUCCAUAAGUCCAGUUGAAAAAUGUGGUAUGUUGUGGCAUCCAAAAUGUACCACAAUACUUCCUAAAGACAACAGCAGUAAUAGGUUAAUAUAA